GUCAAAAAAUUUGGAAUUUUACCUAUAAAAUGUUUACAAACGAACUUUUUGGAAAAUAUCGUGUUGUUUUAGUUGCAAUAUGUGUCAACAUGAUGAGUUUUACUAUUGGCACUUAUGUCGGUUGGACGUCACCUGUAAUGCCAAAACUUAGAGACCAAACUGCAGAUAGUCCAUUGAAUGUUGGUGUUACAGCUGCACAAGAAGGUUGGAUUAGUUCGUUGACAUCAAUCGGAGCAUUUGCUAGUUCACUUUUUGUUGGACAAUUGGCAACCUAUGUCGGACGGAAAUGGACUCUUCUAGGUAGUGGAUUUAUCAUUGCUGCCUCUUACCUAUUUUUAAUAUUCGGAAAACAUAUUUGGUUCAUUUAUGUGGCACGUUUUCUCCAGGGCUUUGGAGGAGGCGGUGGAGCAGCAAUGGUUCCAAUGUAUGUUGGUGAAAUAUCCACCGAUGAUACCCGAGGAGCUUUAGGUUCUCUAAUUACAAUUUUCAUUGUUGGUGGAAUCCUCUUCACUUACAUCAUCGGUCCCUAUGUGAAUUACUUGUCACUUCAAAUUUGUUGCAUGGCUGUUGCAGUAUCGUUCCUCGUAACAUUUGUAUUUAUGCCCGAAAGUCCCUACUACUAUGCAAUCAAAGGACGAAAAACCGAUGUUAUCAAAUCUCUCCAACUUCUACGGGGAAAGAACGCCCAAGAUGUUGAAGAUGAAAUGUUGAAAAUCCAAACAGAAGUCGACGAAUCCAUGGCAAACAAAAGUGGACUUAUGGAUCUUGCACGAAAUAGCGUCUAUCGGAAAAGUGCAUUUAUUGUAGUUGGUCUGCUAGUCUUCCAGCAAAUGAGUGGUGCCACUGCUGUGACAUUUAACAGUCAAUCAAUUUUUAUCAAUGCUGGUUCAACAUUAGACCCGGCUGUUGCAACAAUCAUUCUUGGUGUAGUUCAGCUUGUAUCGAAUCUCAUGACUCCAUUUGUUAUCGAACGCACUGGACGUAAGACUAUUCUCUAUGUUUCGGCAAUUGGAAUAGGAGUUGCUUUGAUAGCCCUCGGAACGUUUUUUUACAUUCAAGCCUUUAAAAAUGCAUCAAAUAUACUUUGGCUACCAGUACCGGCUCUAAUAAUGUUUAAUGCUUUCUAUGGUUUUGGAUUUGGGCCAAUUCCUUGGGCAAUGAUGGGUGAAAUGCUUCCCUCGAAUAUCAAGCCAACUGUAACGUCAAUAGCAUGUUCAUGUACUUGGGCAGUGACUUUUGUCGUAACACGUUGGUAUCCAGAGAUAAAUGCUUUGGGUGCAUAUUAUGCAUUUUGGAUGUUUGCAGGAUUUGUUGGAUUGGGAAUUGUUUUUAUAAAAUUUGUUGUAAUUGAAACAAAGGGAUUGAGCUUGCAAAUGAUUCAAGAAAAAUUAAAAGGCUCAACAUGAUUUAAAUUAAUUAAUUGAAAACAAAGAGUUUAUGGC